CCGGUCAAGUUAUUUCUUUAAAGUCCUCUAGACGAAUAUAUGCAGUGGCCAUUUGAGUUUCUAAUACAUAGGCAACCUAACUUUAACAUUGCAGGCUUGUGUAGAUUUGUGGAGACUUGCAACAUACUUUGUUCACUACAGCUGAGGUUUUCAUCCAAAUGAGAAUCUCACGCAGAGUCUGAAAGAAACCCUCCAAAACACCUGACUCCGCUGUUGAUUGAUAACUCGUCUUAAUAUCAUAUCAUUUAGAUUCCUCUAGCAUCUUUUGAUUGUAGCAUCAACCCUGAAAUAAAGGAACAUGUCGAUUCGUGUAGUAGACGGCUAGUCUAUACAUAAGCAUGGAGGACUCACAAAAAACAUGUGACAGAUAGAAAGAUAAGAUGCAACAUGUAUCACCAGAGAAAGGUGAGCCCACAAGACAAAGAGGAACCUAGACGAGAACCGUGCAGAAGCAACAUGGCGAGGAGCCCCGACUUUUUGCAACAAUCCUUUGUCAAAAAGACAAAAGAGAACGACUUACAAGAUAUAGGAGAAGACAAUUUGAGUGCUUUGGAGCUCUACCUACAUGAUUUGGGUCACGAAAGAAGGCCAGAGAGUAGAAAGAAUGUUAUAUUAGACAGUCUAAGCAAUAAUAUCCAACCUUCCACAAGUUACACCCCUAAAAAUGAUGGUCGCAAGAAGCAGGAGAAAGAACAAAAUCAUCCUAGGACAAAAAAAUCCUUUCAAAGAUGCUGUUCAUCUUUCAUGAUUGGGAUAGUCAUUGUCGUAUCUCUUGCAUCUCUGUUCAUCAAUGUGCUCAUGAUCAAAGGAACUAUUGUCCCGAGUGGAUGCCAGAGAAUUGAGAAUAGAAAAGCAAUUGGCACCAUUUCAAAUAUCGUUUUAAGAAGAAGUUAAUCACUUUACUCCUACGACUAAAGACUUUUUACCCACAGGGCAGAACGGUGGGUGUGUUAGAAGGUUUGCCUUACGCAUGCACAGGACUCAGCAUGGGUUCAAUUUCUAGCCUUAAAUGUUUUGUCCUCUAAGACAAAGCACCGGAGCAGUAUCUCCCAAGAAAUUCGGCGCAUGACAUUUGUUUCUGAGUCGAUCUUAAAAGUUCAGACUAUUUAUACUUAAGUCGGUUUUACUGAC